CACUUCACUUGGUUUCCUCUAUGCAUAGUGGUUUCGACAUAAAUGUAGGUCCACUGGUUUUCGAUUUUGUGUAUGAGCAUGGUCCAUGGUAUGAGCAGACCCUGCAGCAGAACGACUUCGAGGAAAUCUUCUCUUUAGGUCUCUAAAGCUAGUAAAUAAAAAUGCUGUCCAAAAAGAGAGCAAUAAUUUACAUCGUUCUUGCUUACACGGUGUUGACAUUUUUCUAUUUAUUCGGGACAACAAUUUUGCAUCUGGAUAAUCCACUCGAAUCUCGUUCUAAAACGAAGGAUGAGACGACUACUGCCUUAGACCGCCUUGUUACUACUACACAGAGCAUACCAGAUAACGUUGGUGACAAAGUCAAAGGAAACCCUGCCACGAUCCAAAAGCCUUCCUCUAGAAAGGCACUUGGUUGGAGAAAUAAAUUUCAAUGGGAGUCCAAAAUAGACCAGCAUGACUACCGCAUCCUCAUUAACCCUCGGAAUAAAUGCAAGCAGUCGGAAAAUAUAACUUUGCUUAUCCUCGUAAAGACAAGAGUGAGUAGCAUAAGAGAGAGGAAUAUAAUCAGAGAAACGUAUGGUCAGGGGAUAGUGAAGUAUAAUGUGUCUGCAACGAUUCUAUUUCUACUUGGAAGAGAAAGUGAAUAUAAUUCAGUUGCACAGGUUGAUCUCCAGAAGGAGGCUGAUCUACACGGAGAUAUUCUUCAAGAGGACUUCAUAGAUACCUACUACAAUCUAACCAUCAAAAUAAUUAUGGGUUUCAAAUGGGCAUCGACGUCCUGCCGCAAUACUUACUUUGUAAUGUCAACAGAUGAUGACUGCAUCGUCGACGUCGUUAACCUUGUCAAUGAUCUCGAAUCAAACACCUCUUCGACGUUUCUUUCGAAUUUUGCCCUGGCCGAGCGAGCAAUCAACUGGGUUCCGCACCGCGAUCCUGGUGAUAAGUGGUACACUCCACGGGAAUUGUAUUCGGCUGAUCGCUGGUUACCCUUUCCUCGAGGAUACGGUUAUGUUGUUUCCAGAGAGGUGGCUCAUCUUCUUUACCAAGCUUCUCAGAAGAUUGCUCCACCUGCACCCUGGGAUGAUGUCUACUGUGGUAUACUCUUACAUUCAUUGGGGAUAGAGAUGCAAGAUAUCAUAGUUUGGUUUAAGACCAAGCGUGCACAUGCAAAAUUAAGAGCACCAUUGAAGGUUCAUGACCACUAUGUGAUUGGGGGAAAUGGAAAUACAAUGAUCAUGAUGACCACAUGGACUGCAGUUGAAAAUAGGUACCAGACAUAAACAUUAAGAUAUAUAAGUAUAUUAUGAUGAUGAUUUCCCGGGAGUUUCCUGAUUCAAGAAUUGUAGAUGCUACAUAAUUUUGUAUCAAGCUCAUCGACGCGCUUAACACCGUGAUGCCAUCAUUAGCAGUCGCACCUGCUGUGCACCGACCAACACCGCCACCAUAGUGCUUUCUUGAAUAACCUGUUUACCAAGGCUCUGGAACAAAGCUAAUCUUGUUCACUUCCUGGUUGAUUUUAUAUUCCAUCUUGCCUUUCUCUCCCGCAAAACUGGACAUUUACUGGAAAAGCCCAUAGAAUUUAAAGUUUUAUUGAGUUUCCACAGUCAUUCCGAUAAAAAGUGUUACCUUAAAAUGGCAUAUAUGAAUAUCAUACAGUGGGGAUAACAAAAAUAAAGGUAGGGGCCUACUGCCUUUCCCCUUAUGAAUAAAUAGGCCUUCAUUUAAAAGUACACAUGCACAUGCAUAUGAAGUAAAAACAGCAAAUUAAUAUAACUUUUAUAACUGUUGUAUUGUCAUAAUCGCCAUCUUCGUUUUCAGUAUUAUCGUCAUUUCUGUUAAUAUUAU